AUGGCUUGGCCAACAGAGACUAUUAUCGCCUUGGUAACCCUACUUAUCGCUUGUCUACCACUGCUAGUACAAGCUUGGUUCUACGUAAACCGAAUGCGACAAAGAAGGAGAACUAUUGGGACAGAUCUCUUACCACUACAUCGAACCCCUAGCUACCUAGCCCCUCGAGCCCUCAAUGACAACGAGAUGGACAUUCCGGGCCUGUUGAUCAAUCUGAAUCAACUUGAAAGAAGUCUCGACAUGCAAAUUUUCGUGUCGGCAGACAAUCCAUUUCCCAUCGCCAACAUCCCCAUAGCAGGUGACAGUCUAAACACUCUAAGAAGAAUUACUACCGGUCUUUCCUCUAUCUCGGUCUGA